ACUGGGAGGAGUGCGGAACGCCUGCUACGGGUAGGGGUGGGGAUUUGGGUGACGCAUUUAAAAGACAGCGUGAGACUCGCGCUCUCCGCACGGAACAGGCCGGGCGACAGGUGUCGCUUGAAAAGACUGGGCUUGUCCUUGCUGGUGCAUGCGUCGUCGGCCUCUGGGCAGCAGGUUUACAAAGGAGGAAAACAACUUCUUCUAGAUUUUUUUUUUCAGUUUCUUCUAUAAAUCAAAACAUCUCAAAAUGGAGACCUAAAAUCCUUAAAGGGACUUAGUCUAAUCUCGGGAGGUAGUUUUGUGCAUGGGUAAACAAAUUAAGUAGUUGACUGGUGUUUUACUAUCCAAAGAAUGCUAAUUUUAUAAACACGAUCGAGUUAUAUAAGGUGUAACUAUAAUGAGUUUGAUUUUGAAUUUGAUUUGUGGAAGUAAAGGAGAAGUGAUCCUAGCUGGGGCAUAUUGUUAAAGCAUUUUUUUCAGAGUUGGCCAGGCAAUCUCCUACUGGCAUAUUCUCCCAUUAUGUAGAAUAGAAACAGUACCGGUGUUUGGGAAAGAUUUUAAAAUGAGUGACACUUACGUUGAACAAAAAGCUAAUAAUAAAUCCUCUGCAAACUAAAGAAAUAUGCAGAUGAAAGCUUUGACACAUUAAAAUACUUCUACAGUGACAAAGAAAAAUCAAGAACAAAGCGUUUUGAUAGGUGCAACAAAUUUAGAGGAAGUAAAAAGAUAAAUGUGAUGAUUGGUCAAGAAAUUAUCCAGGUAUUUAUAAGGCCAUUGAUAUUUUAAAAGUCCAAAAGUGUGUUUAAGUGGGCUGUUACCUCUGAGAAUGAUGAGGAUGAGAGUGAUGGUUGAAGGUUACAUCUUAGGAAAUGAAGACAUUUAGAAAGAAAAAUAAUAUAAAGACAGUGAUGAAUACAAAGAAGAUUUUUAUGACAAUGUGUAAAAUUUUUGGCCAGGGAAAGGAAUAUUGAAGUUAGAUACAAUUACUUACCUUUGAGGGAAGUAAUUAUCGGUAAUGAGAUGUGAUGUUUCUCCCGCCACCUGGAAACAAACCAUUGAAGUCUGCAGUCAAAAAGUCCAACAUCUCUGAGAUCCAGGAAACCAUGCUUGCAAAUCACUGGUGGAAAAAAUAAAAAGCCACAAUGACUUUCUUAUUGGUCAUUGCUAGUACUACUGACUCAGAACCUCUUUACUAAUGGCUAGGAAGUCAUAAUUGAGAAACUCUGAAUUUUGACAAGGUCUCGCUGUUGAAAUGGUAAAUUUAAUUUUUUUUUGUCACGAUAAAUUCUGGUUCAAGGUAUGCUAUCCAUGAAAUAAUUUCUGACCAAAAACUACAUUGAUGCCAUUUGAUUAUUCAUCUUAGCCUAUACAUGGCAUUUGGUAACUUUUGACUGUUUUAAAAAAUAAAUCCACUAUCAGAGUAGAUUGGAUGUUGGCUUCAGAAACAUAUAGAAAAACAAAAGUUCAAAAAUGUUUUCAGUAGGUAAUAAGUUAAAUAACUCUACAAUGUUAGUUCUUUAAGGGGGAUAAAAAAUUUUUUAAAAAUCUUUGAAAGGUCUUAUUUUACAGCCAUAUCUACAUUAUCUUAAGAAAUUUUUUAACCAAGGGAAUGCAAUAUAUAUCAUGAUUCUGUUUUUCCAAAAGUAACCUGAAUAUAGCAAUGAAGUUCAGUUUUGUUACUGGUAGUUUCGGCAGAGUGCCUUUUUGCAGCACCUGUUGUCUACCAUAAUUAUAGAGGACAUUUCAGUGUUCUAGCCAAGUAUACUCUUAGAAUAAAAAAAUGUUAACAUUGAGUUGCUUCAACAGCAUGAAGCUGAGUCCAAAAGACCAAAUGAACAAACACAUUAAUCUCUGAUGAUUUAUUUUAAAUAGAAUAUUUAAUUGCAUACGAUCUAAUAGUAUCAUUAUGCUUAAGCAGUUAUAUUCCUGAUGAUCUAUGGGAAAUAACUAUUAUUUAAUAAAUAUUGAAACCAGAUUUUAAGAUGUGUUAGCCAGUCCUGUUAUUGGUAAAGCUCUUUAUUUGGAGAGAAAUUUUAGAUUGUUUUGUUCUCCUUAUUAGAAGGAUUGUAGAAAGAAAAAUAUGACUAAUUGGAGAAAAAUUUGGGAUAUACCAUAUUUCAUUGAAUUCAAAAUGUCUUCAAUUGUAAAUCAUACCAUUAUUGUAUGUACCUCUAAGAAAUAAAAGUGCUGCUAAUUAAAAUAUGAUAUGCCAUUAAUUAUAAAAUACUUCUUGAUAACAGAAGUUUUAAAAUAGCCAUCUUAGAAUCAGUGAAAUAUGGUAAUGUAUUCUUUUCCUCCUUUGAGGUAGGUGUUAUGCUUUUUUUCCCUGGCUACUAAAUUUCACAAUUUCCAAAAAGCAAAAUAAACAUAUUCUGAAUAUUUUUACUGUGAAACACUUGAGAGCAGAGCUUUCCACCAUGUAAAGAAGCUUCAUGAGUCACACAUUACAUCUUCAGGUUGAUUGAAUGCCACUGAAACAUUCUAGUAGCCUGGAGAAGUUGACCUACCUGUGGAGAUGCCUGCCAUUAACUGGCAUCCUGAUGGCCUAAUACACUUUACUCUUCUGUGAAGGGUUUUAAUCUUCAGCACAGCUUACUCUGUAGCAUCAUGUUUACAUUGUAUGUAUAAAGAUUAUACAAAGGUGCAAUUGUGUAUUUCUUCCUUAAAAUGUAUCAGUAUGGGAUUUAGAAUCUUUCCAUGUUGAAACUCUAAAUGCAUAGAAAUAAAAAUAAUUAAAAAUUUUUUCAUUUUGGCUUUUCAACCUAGUAUUAAAACUAAUAAAAGCAAAGCCAUGCACAAAACUACCUCCCCAGAGAAAGGCUAGUCCCUUUUCUUCCCCAUUCAUUUCAUCAUGAACAUAGUAGAAAAUAGCAUAUUCUUAUCAAAUUUGAUGAAAAGUGCCAACACGUUUGAACUGAAAUACGACUUGUCAUGUGAACUGUACCGAAUGUCUACGUAUUCCACUUUUCCUGCUGGGGUUCCUGUCUCAGAAAGGAGUCUUGCUCGCGCUGGUUUCUAUUACACUGGUGUGAAUGACAAGGUCAAAUGCUUCUGUUGCGGCCUGAUGCUGGAUAACUGGAAAAGAGGAGACAGUCCUGUUGAAAAGCAUAAAAAGUUGUAUCCUAGCUGCAGAUUCGUUCAGAGUCUAAAUUCAGUUAGCAACUCGGAAGCUACCUCUCAGCCUACUUUUCCUUCUUCAGUAACAAAUUCCACACAUUCAUUACUUCCGGGUACAGAAAACAGUGGAUAUUUCAGUGGCUCUUAUUCAAGCUUUCCAUCAAAUCCUGUAAACUCCAGAGCAAAUCAAGAUUUUUCUGCCUUGAUGAGAAGUUCCUACCACUGUGCAAUGAAUAAUGAAAAAGCCAGAUUACUUACUUUUCAGACGUGGCCAUUGACUUUUCUGUCGCCAACAGAUCUGGCAAAAGCAGGCUUUUACUACGUUGGACCUGGAGACAGAGUGGCUUGCUUUGCCUGUGGCGGAAAAUUGAGCAACUGGGAACCGAAGGAUAAUGCGAUGUCAGAACACCUGAGACAUUUUCCCAAAUGCCCAUUUAUCGAAAAUCAGCUUCAAGACACUUCGAGAUACACAGUUUCUAAUCUGAGCAUGCAGACACAUGCAGCCCGCUUUAAAACAUUCUUUAACUGGCCCUCUAGUGUUCUAGUUAAUCCUGAGCAGCUUGCAAGUGCGGGUUUUUAUUAUGUGGGUAACAGUGAUGAUGUCAAAUGCUUUUGCUGUGAUGGUGGACUCAGGUGUUGGGAAUCUGGAGAUGAUCCAUGGGUGGAACAUGCCAAGUGGUUUCCAAGGUGUGAGUACUUGAUAAGAAUUAAAGGACAGGAGUUCAUCCGUCAAGUUCAAGCCAGUUAUCCUCAUCUACUUGAACAGCUGCUAUCUACAUCAGACAGCCCAGAAGAUGAAAAUGCAGAGUCAUCAAUUAUUCGUUUUGAACCUGGAGAAGACCAUUCAGAAGAUGCAAUCAUGAUGAAUACCCCUGUGGUUAAUGCUGCUGUGGAAAUGGGCUUUAGUAGAAGCCUGGUAAAAUACACAGUUCAGAGAAAAAUCCUAGCAACUGGAGAGAAUUAUAGACUCAUCAGUGAUCUUGUGUUAGACUUACUCAAUGCAGAAGACGAAAUGAGGGAAGAGGAGAGAGAAAGAGCAACUGAGGAAAAAGAAUCAAAUGAUUUAUUAUUAAUCAGGAAGAAUAGAAUGGCACUUUUUCAACAUUUGACUUGUGUAAUUCCAAUCCUGGAUAGUCUACUAACUGCCAGAAUUAUUAAUGAACAAGAACAUGAUGUUAUUAAACAGAAGACACAGACAUCUUUACAAGCAAGAGAACUGAUUGAUACUAUUUUAGUAAAAGGAAAUAUUGCAGCCACUGUAUUCAGAAACUCUCUGCAAGAAGCUGACGCUGUGUUAUAUGAGCGAUUAUUUGUGCAACAGGACAUAAAGUAUAUUCCCACAGAAGAUGUUUCAGAUCUACCAGUGGAAGAACAGUUGCGGAGAUUACAAGAAGAAAGAACAUGUAAAGUGUGUAUGGACAAAGAAGUGUCCAUAGUGUUUAUUCCUUGUGGUCAUCUAGUAGUAUGCAAAGAUUGUGCUCCUUCUUUAAGAAAGUGUCCUAUUUGCAGGAGUACAAUCAAGGGUACAGUUCGUACAUUUCUUUCAUGAAGAAGAACCAAAACUUUGUCUAAACUUUAGAAUUAAUUUAUUAAAUGUAUUAUAACUUUAACUUUUAUCCUGAUUCGGUUCCUUAAAAUUUUUUAUUUAUUUACAACUCAAAAAAAUACUGUUUUGUGUAACAUAUUUAUAUAACUAUAUGUAUCUAAACCAUAUGAACAUACAUUUUAGAAACCAAGAGAAUGAUAGGCUGUUGUUCUUAUGAACAAAAAAGAGAUAGCACUACAAACACAAUAUUCAAUCAACAUUUCAGCAUUAUUGAAAUUGUAAGUGAAGUAAAAUUUAAGAUAUUUGAGUUUGCCUUUCAGAAUUCUGAAUAUUAUGGCAUUGCAUUAAUACUGGCAACAUGAAGCCAGAUGUGGUGGUGUGUGCCUGUAGUCCCAGGUGGAGGCAAGAGGAUUACUUGAGCCCAGGAGUUUGAAUCCAUCCUGGGCAGCAUACUGAGACCCUGCCUGUGAAAACAAACAGAACAAAAACCAAACACCAGGGAGACACAUUUCUCUGUCUUUUUUGAUCAGUGUCCUGUACAUUGAAGGUGUGCAUAUAUGUUGAAUGACAUUUUAGGGACAUGGUAUUUUUAUAAAGAAUUCUGUGAGAAAAAAUUUAAUAAAGCAACAAAAAUUACUCUUAUUCUUAAUAGCUUUAUUUCUAUGACAUUGGAUAGUUUAGUCACUCCCAGACUCUUUCCAUACUUCCUUGAAGCCUCUUAAAUAUUGAACUACAGUUUAUAUUCUUUCCUAUAAGAUGCUUCUUCAUUGACACAGAGCACGGGGUCAAGACACUAUAAAGUCUAUAGGAUUUUAUGGAAUGCCUGAGACAAGAAUCAAACAGUCCCUUUAGUAAGUUUGUUGAUUCAUUUGUCUAUUGAUUCAUUCAAGAAGUCUGAUGCCAGCCCCGCCUAUUGGUAGAAGGUCUGAGUUUUAUUCUUACCUCUUUGGUAUUAAUUCUGAAACUUAGAAAGUACACUGGUUAGCAAUGCUUGGGACCAACAGGUUGUUCUGGUAAAUAAAUCUGUUCCAUGUUGUCAGUGCAACAAAAUGUCCCCCUCUGCAUUACGUUUUUGGUACUCAACAUGUCCAAGUCAUAACUCUCUCCUUUGUUUCUUAUAGAGGUAUUAGGUCUUUAAGACUAGAAGUAAGACUGUAAUAGGGACAAUCAGGGGAAGACAGGCAAAGGCCAGUCAUCUAAACCAGUUCUAGAUGUCUGUGUAGGGGCAGAUGGCUCUGUAAGGGCAGAAGGGAAAGACCCCUUCAUAAGGGUCACAGCUGACAAUCCUAUAACAAAAGACAGGUUAACAAGAGAAAAACUCAACAAAUGUAUUUAACCAACGUUUUACAUGACCGGGGAGCCUUCAGAAUGAAAACCCAAAAUUACAGGGGAAACUAUGCAUUAUUAUGCUUAGGUUUGAUAAAGAAUGGACAGCCCUGAAGAACAGUGAUUGGAAAAAAAGAUAUGAUCUAAUGGGAAUAGACUCAGCUUGGGGACCUAGCAAGGCCUGUCUGUUCAGAUUCUUCUUGGUCUCUGUGCAGCAUUCCUUCCUCCUGGAUACAGGGCAGGGCCUGUAUGGAAUGGGGAUCUUAUAACCUACUAUCAAACAAGGUAGGUCAGAGAAUUUAUUUAUGGCCAGCUCUUACAUAGUUAGGUGAGGGAAGAUUAGAGUACUAUCUUUAUGGUGUAAGUCUGUCAUUGUGGAAAAGUGGUUCCGGUUUCUAUGACCUACCUUGGGGAAGAGGAAUUCAAGUUUCUAUAUCUUGCUUUCGGGGAGAAUGAGGCUGAAACAGGAGGGCAGGAUAACGUUAGAGAAAACUUUGCUUCUGAGGCCUUCACUUCGGGUUUUCUGAGCCCCAACAUCUGCUAGAGUUAUAAAAAUUAGGGACCAAGCGAGGGGAGGAAAGAAUCCAUCUCUUCAUUUGGAUGCUGGGAGACUAUUUCCUUGAGAUGCAAUUGAUUUUGCCUCUGCUAAGAGGCUCUGCUGGCUAGCCACAUGCUAGCCAGUGUCCUGCAUGGAUGCUACGCUGAAUUAUUUGUAAUUGUGCUUAGGUGAUUUGUAACUCAAGUAUAGGAUAUUUAAAUAGCAGGCACCCUUUUUGCAACUUUUUUUUUUUUUAAUCUAGUUCUUGUAUACUACAGAUAAUAUUUGAACUUGUCAUCUCACUGUACAACUUUUGUUCAUUUCUCAUUUUGGUAAUAAAUAGCUAUUAUAACCAA